GACCGAUUGCCGUGGACGCCACUGCGCAUGCGCGUGCCUGACAGCUACUCCGCGGCGCACACGCACACGCACACGCACGAGUGCCAGAAAGGAGUGCAAAGUGCGGCGGGCCGGAGGGGCGACAUGUCGGACGAGCGCUGCUGGCCGACGACCACCACCACCACCACCACAACAACAACAACAACAACAACAACAACAACACGGCUCGCCGAUGAUGAUGAUGAUGAUGAUGACGCCGCCGCCGCCGCUGCUGCUGAUGACGACGAUGAUGAUGUCGGCUUAGCUCCGCGACGACCUCCCCUUGCUUAAGUGGGCCCGUCCACGCCUCCUCGUCGGGUUCGCCUGAGAUGGCCGAGGAGGACCCCCGGCAGCAGCGGCGGCAGCGGCGGCGGCUGCUCUCCGGGCCGCAGGGCGCCGAGGUUGGGGCUCUGCAGCUCAGGAUCAAGAACUCCAUCUGCAAAACGGUUCAAUCAAAAGUGGACAACGUUCUGCAAGAUGUUGAAAAGUUCACAGACAUUGAAAAGCUCUACCUCUACCUUAAGUUGCCUUCUGGUCCCAUCAGCAGCGGCAGUACUGAGAAAAGUGAUCAGAGUGCCGUGUCGUCAAGCCGCACGCAGCAGAUGCACGCCUUCAACUGGAUCCGCAAUCACUUAGAGGAAUACCCGGAGACCUCGCUCCCCAAACAGGAAGUCUAUGAUGAAUACAAGAGCUUCUGUGACAAUCUCAACUACCAUCCACUGAGUGCUGCAGACUUUGGAAAAAUGAUGAAAAACGUCUUCCCCAACAUGAAGGCGCGUCGACUUGGCAUGAGAGGAAAAUCCAAAUAUUGCUAUAGCGGACUGCGGAAGAGACCCUUUGUUCACUUUCCGUGCUUACCAAGUCUGGAGUUACACAAAAGUGGAGAAGGACUGCAACGUGACGGACUGGACUCAGCGGGCCACCUCGGCGGCAUGACGGAGGAGGUUCGCUUUGCGGCUUGUGAUCUGGUGUGCGAGUGGGCUCAAAAGGUACUGAAACGGCCGUUUGAGGCGGUGGAAGAGUUGGCUCGCUUCCUGGUCGACAGCCACUACAUCAGCAACAAGUCCCUGGCAGCUCUCACCAUUAUGACAGGCGCAGCAACAGCAACAGCAACAGCAACAGAAGUUAACCCUUUGCAGACGGUCUCAGCUUUUGUGCCCACCGCCGACGCACACUGCUUCCAGCCUCAAACGACAACUCUGUCGUCUCCGACUGUCGAUGCCAAGCAGCAGCUCCAGAGGAAGAUCCAAAGGAAGCAACAAGAACAAAAGCUGCACUCGCCCGUACCCGGAGAGGGUUCCAUCGAGGCUGGAGAUGACAGCUGUGGGCAAUGUGCUAGCCCAGUCUCGCCUCCUCCUCAGCCAACCGUUGGCAUUGUGGUCACUGCUGUCCCAAGACCUCCCGCGACGCAGCAAAGCCCCCGGCUGAUGUCUGCCAGUCCAGCAGGAACCGAGGAGAGCAAAGUGCUGCCUAUAAACUUCCAAGUGGUGACCCAGCCGGUUCAGCCAGCGAAACAACCCUCAAAGACCUCCCAAAAUAUUCUACCAAGUCACGUGGGGGAACGCACAGCUCGGCAACGCUAUCCUCAAAUCCUUCCCAAGCCAGCGGCCACCCCUGCUGCCGUCGCUUUGUGCUCGCCCUCCACCAUGAUUAUUGCCAACAACCCCGUCAAGACUGUGAUGACCACGUGUCACGUAAGUCCCGUCAGUCUGCUCAAGAUGACAGCCAUAUCCCUGGCACCCCACGGCGGCAACGCCGCUACUUCCCUUCCAAACAGCACAAUGAGGCCAGCAUCUGCAGGCGUCAGCAGCUGCAGCGUGUCAGAGGAUAUCCUGAGAUCCCGUCAAAAUACGAGGAGCACCUCCGCUCUCCCCACUCUGGCCCCGAUGACGAGGCCUGAGCCUGUUGACACGCAUGACAUUGAUGUUGAAAUGGAAGUUGAAGAUAUACACAAGAACAGACAAACUCAAAAUGGGAGCGGUUUAAUGAUGCCUCAUGGGGCUUUAGCGCAGAGGGCUGCUAGCGUGCCCAUACCUCAAACUAAAGUCUUCCAAGCCCCGGAGGAAACAUCCGGCACGGAAUAUGAUGUAAAUGUCCGCUUGAGCAACAACACCGCAGCGGCCAUUGAAGCUGGCACUAACAUGAAUAACAACACAACUAAUACAAGCACUCUGAAUUUAGCUCCUUCUUCCUGUCAGAAUAUGAAAGCUGCCUCUGUAUGCAACACCGACAUAGUAUCCUCAUUUGGAGAAUGUAUCUAUGCGACCAAGAGCUUCCGGAAGCGCUCAGGCCUCAGCCCAGGCCCAGUCUUCUCUCCUGCCAAAAGGGCUUUUCUGUCCCCACACCCGGAAGAAAGCACUGCUGCUCUCGGCCAUGGGAGUCGAAGACCUGAGAGUGCACCGGUUACCCGGGAGAUGGAGAUGAACAUUAACUCUCUUCUCCCCAGUCAUGUCCAUACACUUGGCAAUGACUCUUUCAGAGCCAGCGGCUUCUUUGCUGUUGCCAAAACACAGAGCUCCAUGCACGGGAAAAACACUUGCAAUGUUCUGGAAACCUCUGUCGGUCACCCAUCAAUCCAGCAACCAGAGGAGCACAUGAUGUCUGACGUGCAUUCCAUGCCUCAUAAUUCCAAUUUGUCAGUCGGUCUACAACAUGUUCAACAACAGACCUAUGCUCUAGCCAACCCUGUUCCUGGACCCCUGGAUUUUUUGGAUCAAGCAUCCACGGCAAGUGAACUCCCGACGCGGACAGACGUAGAAUACUUCUCGUUUGACGAUGAUGUCACUCAAGACAGCAUCGUGGAAGAGCUGGUCCAGAUGGAAGAGCAGAUGAAACUUAACAAUAAACAACAGUUUGGAAACAAUAUCACGCUGCAAGGGCAGCAGGCUCCGAUGGCACAUAACAUGAUGCCCACCAGUCAGACAAUAAACACUUUCUGCCAUGCUGCAAACAGCAGUGGCGUCAACAAUUUAGUCCAAACACCAACACCCACUCCCACGUCGGAAAUUACAGGAGUUCAAGGCUUGACCAGAGAGAGCCCCCGCUCGCGCGUCACCCCCGUAACGCCAGUCGACAGCACCCUCGGCAGCAGUGGACACACUCCGGUCGGUACGCCGCUCUCCAACUGCGGCAGCGCUGUGCCUCCCAGCCCCGUGGAGUGCAGGAAUCCCUUUGCAUUUACACCCAUCAACUCCAGCAUCACGAGUUUCCACGACGGCAGCAGCCCCGUCAAACCCAUGCAGAGGCCGACAGCCACCCACCCGGAUAAGACCAGGCUGGACUGGAUGAAUAAUAGCUGCAAUAGCAACAGCGGGAGCUUAAAUAACUCUAACAGCACCGUGGGAAUCUUGCCCAGCUAUCAGGGCCUCAUAGAUGACCACUUUCAAAAGCCUCACGCCUUCGCUGUCCCUCACGCAAGGCACCACGAUGGCCGUCUUGGCCGGUUGACUCCCGUUUCCCCUGUGCAGCAGCAGGUAGCGAGCAUGGCUAACACGACCACGCAAGAGGGGUUCGCCGUGCCUGCUCCUCUGGAUAACAAGACCUCCAACCUCCUCGCUACCAGUGGAUCUUUUCGAUGUCGCAGUGUUAGCCCCGCCGUACACCAGAGGAACCUGGUAGGGAACACGGGAACCUGGGGCCUUCACAAUAUCCAGCAGCAGCGUGUCUCCCCGUUUAACUCUCCGGUGACGCCUGAGGUGUUGAACAUUUUAGCCAACAACCAGGGAAAUCUUGGGGUGAGCAGCGUGGCUCAAAGGAGUCGCUCAGUGCCCCUCAACAUCAUGAUGCAGACGGAGGUUCUACCGAUGCCGGCUCAGCAAUGCAGCGGCAACAAUAUCACUGAUGUCCUUCUGAGCAAGCUGGAUGCAGACCAUGACCCUGUGCGGGUUACGGGCAUGAAUCAUUUGCCUUCCGGCUAUACGGCACGCAUGAAUCUCACUCAGAUCCUCCAGUCUGAGAAUGUCAGCCCGAUCCCUUCGGACUCCACCGGCGGACGCGUGUCACUGAGGCCCAAUUACCUCAAUAAUGAACAAAUGUUUUUCUCUGCGAGCGACGGCCGAGCGCAGUCGACCUCUGGGGGGCAGCAUCAGCAGCGGCAAACUUUGAGUUCACAGCGACGGCGUUUGGGUUUCAGUGACACCUUAAAAGACGCCCCGCCGGACAGCAGCCUUCAUGCCGGCAAUCGGCUGGUGCCACAGGUGUCGGAGCUAGCGGCAGGAGGGGCAGAUUUUCCCAACGAACUCAGAAUGACUUCGGACUUCUCCAGUAGCAUCAAUGACCUUAAUACGCUGGAUGCAAACCUUCUGUUUGACCCCAGUCGUCAGCAAGGGCAAUAUCAAAGUGCUGCUCCAGAGGAAUUGGACAAUCAGCCCCUGUUUCAGCAAAUCACCGGCGGCACGACACAUUCUGCUGGACUUGAGUGGCUGGAGAGCAAAGAUCACACAACUGUCGGUUUGAUGGGCUGAGAGCGGAGCCUCUGAAUAUCACGUUGACCAUGUUGAAUCUGUGCUUUCCGUCGUCGGUUUGAUGUGUUGUAACUUUUUAGUCAAACACUGGACACAGUGAGGUUUGUCCAGUUUAAGUGCCGAGCGAUGCUGAAAUGAUGCUGCAACCCUCUGAUCAAAAUGCUGGCCAUUUCUCGUGUUGUUGCUGUAACAGCAUUUCUGACGCAUACAUGAUCACAAGCUUGUGAUAAAAGGAUACCUUUUUCAAAUGUAUUUCCAUCUCUUUUGUAGCCCCCAAAAAACUGCCAUUCAAAAAUGUUUUGUAUUUUCUGUAGAUGAUCAAAACAUUCAUACAUUUGUAGAAUAUAUUCUACAUCGAUGACGGGCAUUCAUUCGUGAAGUCUGAAAAGUGAUGCUUGCCACUGAUGACAUUUUUAAACAGGGCAUUCUAAAAGGUGAUCCAAUCUAAAGCGAUGCCACCGAGGCCAGAGGAAACACUUUGCAGAAUAUUUAGCAAAUGUAAAUAAUAAUAAUAAUCACUAUUAUAUGUGUGUAGAACGUUUAGCAUGGUGUAUACUUUUUAUACCAGGGGUGGGGAACCGUUUUCCUAUCAGGGGCCAUUUCAAUCCUCAGAGGCCAUACUAUCCAUCCAUUUUCGUCGCCGCUUCUCCUCACGCGGGUCGCGGGCGUGUGUGCUGGAGCCUAUCCCAGCUGUCAUCGGGCAGGAGGCGGGGUACACCCUGAACCGGUUGCCAGCCAAUCGCAGGGCACAGAGAAACAAACAACCAUUGGCACUCACAUUCACGCCUACGAGAAUGAGUUGUCAAUUAACCGAGCACGCAUGUUUUUUGGGGAUGUGGGAGGAAAGCGGAGUGCCCGGAGAAAAGCCACACAGGCGGGGCCGGGGAUUGAACCCCGGUCCACAGAACUGUGAGGCAGACGCUCUAACCGGUCGUCCGCCGUGCCGCCUCAGGCCAUACUAACUUUAUGAAAAAAAUAUGAUGCAAUGAUCAAAUACAUUUCUAUUCUUAUGUCUUACGAGAAUUUGCAUGUUCCUUUUCAGUUCCGUUCCUCCGAGGUGCUACUUUUGGUUGGAAUUAUGUAGCAGGGCCAGAUGAAAUGCUCAUAUACGGUCCCUGAACAGAUUCCCCACCCCUGAUUUGUACAAUCUUGUACAAUGUCAAGGUGGAUCACAGAUGGAGCAAAUGCAGGUUAUCUAAUAACCAGAAACAUAACUGGAUGCAAUCCAGCCCUCCACGUGUGUAAAAAAAAAAAAAAAAAAAAAAACCCAAAAAAGUCCCAUAAGGUCGGUUGCCUGUUUAUGAUCAGAUAUCCAUAAACUCACUCCUUAUCCCCAAAGAGAUAGGCCAUAUACAAAUAAGAGUUAAACUGAAGCCAUAAUGCACUUUGAAAUGGAAUCAUAGCUAACUAAAGGUUUCAAAAUGUUCAAACCAUGUUUAACGUGUUGCGUGCAAACGAAAGAAUGGCAAAAUAUGCAAUGAGAUGAUAGCUGGAUGAAUAUGAUCGGGGCAAUUGUUGUGAUCAUCCUGCACAGACAAUCUGAAAGUCGUCUAUUAAUUCUUCGACAAAAAACAAAAUGCACUGUGCUUUUUCUCUACAAGUCCUGAAUCAAAACAGUAAGAAGGCCUUAUGUCCAUACCAAAGAUCCAUUUGAAAAUGCACUAAGAUCUCGUGUCAUGAGAGACUCCUGUAUUGAAUGGUGGACAUAUUGACGAGUUUUGAAGGGCUAUAACAUAUGAUGUUGUACGAAGAAGACUUCGCUAAUUUAUGUAUGAUUUAACUUUAUUUAUUGUACAGUUGGAGUGAAUGUGUUUGACGUCAAAACCAUUUCAUCUUGCACUGUUAUGUUGUUUUAAAGGCUGCAUAAUAUUAGCACGGAUACGGUUGAACUGUUUUUCAUUUUGCUGUAUGUCAGGAUAACUCGGAUGGUGUCAUGCGCCGAUGCGUAAAAAGAAUAGCAAUUGUUUUUCAAGUAGACGAGAACAGUUCUUUAAACUUAUUUCAUUGUAGUUUUGAACUUUCAUUUAUAUAUGUUAAAUCUCUACUGUUUUUUCCUGUUGAUUUUUAUUGUGUCUAAGAAUAUGUAAUUUGGUUUGCACUGAUAUUUAUGCUCUACAGACUUGACUACUCUUGGAAUUGGUUCAGAGCUGCAGAACUGCCCUCCACUGUAGUUGUUAUGUUGCCGUGUCGAGUGAAAAUGAAUAUAUUUGAUGUGCUUUUCAAAGGGGAAGUGCUUGGUUUUUGAGGUCUUUUUAAAAAAAAAAAAUAAAAAAAAAUAAAAAUGUAAUAAACCAUUUUAAGUACACCAGAA